AUGGACACGUACGAAAGUGUGUUGCUUGUUAAAAAUGAAGUUUUUGUGUUUAAAAUACCUCCAAAAACAACGAACCGAGGAUACAGGGCAGCUGAUUGGAAUUUACAAGAACCACAAUGGACGGGGCGUAUGCGUUUAGUUGCGAAAGGAGACGAGUUAGUAAUGAAGCUAGAAGAUAAAGCAUCUGGCGAAUUAUUUGCGAAAUGUCCAAUUGAUAAAUAUCCUGGUGUCGCACUUGAGGCUGUCACGGACAGUUCACGAUAUUUUGUUGUCAGGAUACAGGAUGAUAAUGGAAGAAGUGCCUACAUCGGUCUAGGUUUUGGUGAUAGGUCAGAUUCUUUUGACUUAAAUGUGUCACUGCAAGAUCACUUUAAAUAUAUUAAAAAAGGUCAAGAGACUGAUGAAGGAUCUCAACAACAACUAGACUUGAGUUUCAAAGAAGGUGAAACUAUCAAGAUAAAUAUGAAGAUAACGAAAAAGGAUGGUAGUGAGGCUAGUAGGCCAAGGCGCACAGGAGGUGGGUCUGUAGGCCUACUACCACCUCCUCCAGGUGGCUCCAAACUCCCACCACCGCCCUCUCCCCAACAUGUACCAACGCCAGCUACUGCUGGUACUGAAUGGGGAGACUUUAACUCUGCUGGAGCCACAAGCCAAAAGCCAUCAACACCUGCUAAUCAACAGAACUGGGUACAAUUUUGA